AUGACCGUCAUCGCCAGAGACCACGGCCGACCUCCCAAGUCCGGUCUGCUCGUCAUUCACAUCAAGCUGGUCGACUCGAACGACAACGCGCCGAAGUUCGAGCAGGCCAACUACGAGAUCAACGUCGUCGAGAACAUCGCUCCGGGAACGACGAUCUUACGCGUCACAGCCGACGACUCCGACGACGGCGACAACGGUCGGCUCACCUACUCGCUGUCGGCGCGCAAUAACGCGCAGGUUGCCGACACGUUCGCGAUCGAGGCGGCGACGGACGAGCUGUACGUGACGGGAGUGAUCGACUACGAACGGUCGGCGACGUACUAUGUCUACGUGCAGGCGACCGACCUGGGCGAGAUGCCGCUAGCUGGGGUCAGUCUCGUGACGAUCCACGUCAUCGACAUCAACGACAACCGGCCCGUCAUCAACGUCAAUCUGCUGUCGGCUGAGGACGAACACGCGCGGGUUUCCGAGCGCGCCCCCGUCGGGUCAUUCGUCGCCAAGGUGUCAAUCAUCGACGCCAACAGCGGAGAGAACGGGCGAGCGACGGGCGAGAUCCUGCCGCCAGGUAACGCGUACUUCGUCAUGAAGCCACUGUUUAUCAACGAGUACAUGCUCGUUACGUCGCGACUUCUCGAUCGCGAACAGAUCUCCGAUUUCAACCUGACGAUCAGAGUCGAAGAUAAAGGCGUGCAGGCGCUUGGCGCCACCGCCGUACUCCGGGUAGAAGUACUCGACGAGAACGACAACCCGCCGCACUUCAACCAGUCGCUGUACGUCGCGAGAUUCGCGAGAACAACCUCAUCGGCGGGUUCCUGCAGCAGCUGGCCGCUACCGCGCGACGCGGGCGACAACGCUCGCAUCGUCUACUCCGUACAGCCGCCGCACGACAACGUGUUCCACGUGAAUCCGAACACGGGCGUGAUGACGGCGCGAAAGCAGUUCGACCGUGAAGAGACGCCGUCGAUCGACGUCACCGUCAUGGCGUCCGACCGCGGCCAGCCGCCGCUCAGCGCGUCGACGAUCGUCAGGGUCGUCUUCAAGGACGAAAACGACAACUCGCCGCUGUUCGAUAAGCACUCGUAUCGGUUUGUUAUCAACGAGAACCAGCCUGUGUCGAGUUUGAUCGGAAACGUGCUGGUGACGGACCGCGACGCCGGCGACAACGCCGACGUCGUCUACUCGCUCGGCAGCCUCGUUUCGGAGUUCAGCGUCGAUCCGAAGACGGGCGGGAUUUACACGAACCGGAAGCUAGACCGCGAGAAGGUGCACACGUUCCGCUUCGUUGUCGUGGCGACGAACGCCGACGCCGAAGAUCGCUACGACGAGGCGAACGUGACGGUGGUCGUCGACGACACGAACGACAACAUGCCGACGAUCACGUUCCCGUCCGGCAGCGACAACGUCGUCUUCCUACCAGAGUCGACGACGGCCGGCGCCUUUGUCUGCACCGUCGUCGCAUUCGACGAGGACCGCGGCGCCAACGAUAAACUCGACUACGACAUCAUGGACGGAAACGGCGCCGGUCUGUUCGGGAUCGACCGGAAGUCCGGCGACCUGACAAUCGCGUCGAUGCUGAAGCCGGAGUGGGUCGGCCUUCACAAACUCAUUCUCAAGGUCAGCGACCGAGGUCAUCCGCAGAACGUCGCCAUGGCGGCGCUCAACGUCAUCAUCCAUCCGAACAACAUGACGGCCAACGAGACGCUGAUGUACCUACUUGGCGACCACGUCGGCGACGACGACGGCGCGACGACGACGACGUCCUCCUUCCUGUCGUCGCACUUCACGCUCAUCAUCGCCAUAUCGGCGCUGUCGGCGCUGCUGCUGUUCGCGCUCGUCGCACUCGUCGUCAUGUACCGACGCAAGAGUGGAGAUAACCACGCCUACAACGUUCGCACCGAGGCGCAGCGCAUAGUCGCCGGCAUCAAACGUCGGCUGCCGUCGACGGACACCGACUGCGAAGCCGAACAGUGUCCGGCGAAAGCCGACGACGACGGCCCGCCGGAGAGCUGCCGCGACGUCGACGAGCAGAGCAUGCGCAGUGGGUGCAGUCACUGCGAGAAGGGAGGAUGCGUCGAGCAGCAGAGAUGCGAGUCGAACAUGACGGGGAAUUUUAGCUGGGUGUUCUGCUCCCGAGGUCCGUCGAGGGAUAGCAGCGCCACCACCAGUCCGCAUGGAGCGUGCGGUGGCGGUGCUGGUGGAGGAGGAGGAGGAGGAGGAGGAGGAGGAGGGGGAGGAGGACUGAUGGCGCCGCCGCAGCGACAGAGAGCCGAGAACAACUACGUGGAGCAUCCAUCGCUUCCAGCACGCGCAGAGAACGCGUACGGCGAGCAGCCAUCGCUACCUAGCAGACGCGCACAGAACGCUCGCCUUCUGCCCCCUAGUCAGGCGCAGCUCUCUGGUUACAGUGACCACCAUGGUGCUAACAGCGCCACCUCGAUGGACACGGGCUACGCGGAGAGCGUGGCGGACGCGUCCAGCGAUAACACGGUGCCGCCACAGAUGGCGUCACUGUCGUCCGGGUACAUACCCGUGGCAACAGAGUACACGUCGAGCGAGAGCGACCCGAGUGAAGUCGGCAACUAUGGUAUGAGCCCGCGCGACAACCACAGAACGAAUACGACGAGGUCCGGCGCUGCCAAACCCUCGUAUAAAGAUGGCGGCGGCCAACGCACGAAGCCUCGCCCGAAGGAUCUCCAGUACUACGUAACGAGUAAAGGCGUCAAGGUCAUAGCGCGACCGGCGCGCCCCGGAUGCGGCGACGCGCCGACGUCGAACGGCCGGAAGUUGCUACAGACGGCGCCACUGUCGCCGUCGUGCACGUCACUUCCGCUCGACAUUCAAAAGUUCUCGUUCGAGCAGCCGCACGUUUACGAACAGCUAGCGAAACGCGGUGCGCAUGCGUCGUCGGUGAACGGCGACGAUCACAAUCAUCAUCAUCAUCAUCAUCAUCAUCAACAGAAGCAGCAGCAUCAUCAUCAUCGUCAUCACCACAGUUCGUCGCUCACGUCGGGCGUUGAUACGGACGGUAACUGUUCGUGUUACGAGGACUCCGAGGAUAUUCUCACGCAGUCCGAUAGGGACAGGCUGAGCGCCGAGAAACUGUGCGAAGAGCUUCAUCAGUCGUUCUCUCAUUUACUGUAGUAAUCGCUCUCUCACGUACUGCGCCCGGUACUCUAGUGACAAGCAAGAGCAAACAACAACAAAUGUUUCGACGAAGUUUCAUUUCCCCGUUUUGCGCUUAUUUGCGAGUUCGAGAGAGAGAGAGAGAGAGAGAGAGAGAGAGAGAGAGUGUGUGUGUGUGUUGUUGUUGUUGUGUGUGUGUGUGUGUG